AUGAACAAUUUAAUACGAGUAAUACCUUUAGCUCAAGGACUAAAGAAGACACAGAACAAUACUAUAACAAGAUGUAUGUCCACAUACCUUGCAACUGCAGUACGUAACAAAGUACAUCAACGUAAUCUAUUGCAAUCAAGACCAACGGCAAAUCCAUUCAUCACGUCAUGCAGAUCUGUAUCCAACUCAACGAUAUCCCUUUUACAACAACAGGAGCAAAUGGCAAACAACGACUUAAAUAAUGCUAGUGCUCAAUAUGAAUUCUACAAGUCAUUAUUAGCAAACAACUAUCCCCAUAUUGUUGUUCAAAGAUAUGAAACACCAGGUAUUGCAGCAUCGCCCGAGUGUACUCAGUUGUAUAUAGAUGCUUUGAACAAGAUUGGUAAAAAGGGAAGAGCUGACCAGGUGACAAACGCUUUGCAUCAAAGUAAUAAAUAUCAGGGGGCUGGUAAUGUUGCCCCUGUGGGUGGAUUACCUCAUGGCUUUGGCUCUAGAUAUGAACCAGUACAUGUUGUUGUUAGUGAAUCCUUGUUGACUAUAUUAUCCAAAUGGCUUAAAUGGUUGAUUCCAAUAGCUUUGAUUACCUAUGGGGCCACUAACGCUUUUAACUAUUUGGUUGAGAAUGGUACCAUUUUCAAGAAUGCUGAAGUAAACGACAAGUCGGUUGAUGUUAGUCAAAGCACAGUUAGGUUUUCCGAUGUUCAAGGUUGUGAUGAAGCAAGAGCUGAAUUGGAGGAAAUUGUUGAUUUUUUGAAAGAUCCUUCGAAAUUCACUGGUUUGGGUGGUAAAUUGCCCAAGGGUGUUUUGUUGACAGGCCCUCCAGGUACUGGUAAAACCUUGUUGGCAAGAGCAACUGCUGGUGAGGCUGGAGUCCCCUUUUUCUUUAUGUCUGGUUCUGAAUUUGAUGAAUUGUAUGUUGGUGUUGGUGCCAAGAGAAUUAGAGAAUUAUUUGGACAAGCUAGAGAAAAAUCACCAGCAAUUAUAUUCAUUGAUGAAUUGGAUGCUAUUGGAGGUAAGAGAAACCCCAAAGAUCAAGCAUAUGCUAAGCAGACUUUGAACCAGUUGUUAGUUGAAUUGGAUGGUUUUAGUCAAACUGAGGGUAUUAUCAUUAUUGGUGCAACCAAUUUCCCUGAAUCUUUAGAUAAGGCAUUGACUAGACCAGGAAGAUUUGAUAAGGAAGUUAUUGUUGAUUUGCCUGAUGUUAGGGGUCGUGUUGAUAUUUUAAAGCAUCAUAUGCGUAAUGUUGAAACAGCCGAUAAUGUUGAUCCAUCAAUCAUUGCUAGAGGUACUCCUGGACUUAGUGGUGCUGAACUUAUGAAUUUGGUGAAUCAAGCUGCCGUUCAUGCAUCUCAAUUAUCUGCUCCUGCUGUUGAUAUGUCACAUUUUGAAUGGGCCAAGGAUAAGAUCCUUAUGGGUGCAGCUAAAAAGAAGAUGGUUAUCACCGAAGAAUCGAGAAUAAAUACGGCAUACCAUGAAGCUGGACAUGCCAUUAUGGCUAUGUUUUCAGCUGGUGCUACUCCCUUGUAUAAAGCAACCAUUUUGCCUAGAGGUAGAGCAUUAGGUAUUACAUUCCAAUUACCAGAAAUGGAUAAAGUUGACAUGAGCAAAAAGGAAUGUUUUGCCAGAUUAGAUGUUUGCAUGGGUGGUAAAAUUGCUGAAGAAAUGAUUAAUGGUAAAGAAAAUGUUACAUCUGGAUGUUCAUCCGACUUAAGUAAUGCUACCGGUGUUGCAAGAGCAAUGGUAUUAUCUUAUGGUAUGAGUGAUAAGAUUGGACCCGUCAAAUUAAGUGAUGAUUGGGAAAGUUGGUCACCAGAAAUUAAAAACUUGGCAGAUAAUGAAGUACGUGAUUAUCUUGUUGAAUCAGAAUCAAGAACUAGGAAAUUGUUGCAGGAAAAGAAGUUGGAGUUACAGCGAUUGGCUGAGGGUUUAUUGGAAUAUGAGACUUUGACUAAGGAUGAAAUGGAUAAGAUUGUACGUGGUGAAGUUAUAAACAAGGAAAAGACUGUUAGUAAUACUAUUAUCAAAAAGCCUUCGUCGUCUACUCCCGAUAAAAUCAGAGAUGGGUUAAGUUUAAAACUGAAAUAA